CUAAUGUUUGCUUUGUGCACUGAGGGCAGAACACUAAACUCAGAAUCUCUAGAUUAAAGCGAUAAACUCACAAUGAUCCAAUAAAAACUUCUAAAAAAGGAGAGUUUAGCUAAUGCAAUAGCUUUAGAGGACGGUUUGGUAUAUUUAGGAGAAAUGGAAAAUGGUGAAAGAAAUGGUUAUGGGAUAUUGAUCUAUCCUAAUGGUUCAAUUUUGGAAGGGUAAGAAUAAAAUGAUAAUAUUUAAGUAAUUGGAUUAAUGGAAGAGCAUUUGGAAUAUGUAGACUACAAUAUAGUUAAGAUGAAUAGUAUAUGAAUUAUUUAUUAUGUUUAGUUAUUAGGGAAACAUUGUAAAUAAUAGAUUUCAGGGAUUUGGUGAAUAUGUUAAUCAUAAUUCUUCAAUUUAUAAGGGAUAAUGGGAGAAUAAUGAGAAACAUGGGUAUGGAGAAGAAUAUUUCAAGAAUGGAUCUAUUUAUUGUGGUAAUUUCAUUAGAGGAAUGAGAGAAGGAGAAGGAGUGUACUUGUCUAGUAAUGGAUCAAAGUAUGGCAUUUAAUUAAAAAUUAGAUAUUAAGGAUAAUUCAAAUGUAAUUAAAUGGAUGGUGAUGGAAUGAUAUUUUGGAGAGAUGGUAGUUUUUAUUAAGGUCAAUUCUAAAAUAAUGAUAUUAAUGGAUAUGGAGUAUAUACUUAUCCUGAUGGUAGUUAAUACUAAGGAUAAGUAAUAGUAUAUAAUAAUAAAUAGUUUAUGAAUGGGAAACGAAAUGGACAUGGUAGUUUGAUUAGAUAUGAUGGCUAUGAAGUGAGUGGUGAAUGGAAAGGUGAUAAGUUUUAUAAAAAUUGAUUUUAUUAUUUUCUAUAUACUAA